AUGGGAUGCACUAUAUAUGCGGCCAGCCCUGAGGCUCCAUCAGUGGAGGGGUCUGACCCAGAGAGACGCCCUUAUGGUCCUAGCACCUGGGCCCAUCGCACCAAAGAAAGGCCUAGAAGUGUGAUGGAGCACCAGGAGCAAGUUGAGGAUGCUGGCCUCCUCACAGCUCAGGACCUUACAGACCCCACAAAAGAGGAGGACACCCAUUACAGGGUGCAGUUGAUAGAUGACCUGACAUAUGAAGAUGUCAAGAAAUGCUACCGUGGAUCUACUGUCAGCAAGUACAACUCUCAGUACCACAAACUGUUCCAGAAUGUACCCAAGGAAGAGAUACUGAUGAAAGUAUACUCUUGUGCUCUUCUGCGAGACAUUCUACUGCAAGGCCGACUGUACAUCUCCAGAAACUGGCUUUGUUUCUAUGCCAACCUAUUUGGCAAGGACAUCAAGGUUGCCAUUCCUGUGGUGUCUGUGCGGCUGGUGAAGAAGCAUAAGACUGCGGGCCUUGUUCCUAACGGUCUUGCCAUUACCACUGACACCAGUCAGAAGUAUGUAUUUGUGUCUCUCCUGUCCAGAGACAGUGUAUACGACAUAUUGAGGAGGAUCUGCACACAUCUGCAGGUUAAUGGCAAGAAGAGCCUCAGCCUCAAACAGUACAUGGAGGAGCCCAACACUUUAUCGUUGGAUGAGUUCCCUGCUCCUGGUGAAUUUCCACCAGUGCUUAAGUGGAGAAGGAAAGCUUCAGUAGCUUCUGUGUCUUCCACUCUGCCUGAUCUUCUGGGCAAUUCCACCAGCAGUCUGAGUGCAGUGGAAGCAACAUUUCAGACAGAUGAACCUCUAGAAGAGAGAGGACUAGAGGCAGAGAAGAUCCUUUUGACAGAACCAGUACCAGAACUUGGCCAUAUGGAGUACCAGCUGUUAAAAUUCUUCAUCCUGCUCAUCAUCAUGCUCAUCCUGUCCUCCUGUUACCUAGCCUUCCGGGUGUGUAGUCUGGAGCAACAGCUCUCUUUCCUGAACACCAAUGCUGCUUUGCCCCUCAGAGAGAGGUGA